CAACUGAAUAACUUCAAUAAGGAGACUUUGCUGAUUUUCAAUGUAACCUGUAAUUUGAGCACCUAUAGGACUAAAAAUGAUGUAAACACUGAAUAGGACAAGGAAACAAUUGAACAGGUUCUUGGUAUUGCCUGAUUAGUGAAUUCAUCAAACAUGACAGACAUUGAUAUGGUACCAGUGAAAGACCCAGGAGGUGGAAAAAAUGAUGGGUUUGAACAGAAAGCGGCUCAGCAGAGGCGAAUGGUCAGUAAAUGGGACAGAGACACUCUUGAGGAUAAGUACCUUAGAAUGUAUGAAGAAAAUCUCAUUCUAAAGAAACAUGCUAGGAAACAGGAGGACAAGAUCAAAAGAAUGGCAACAAAAUUACUGAGGCUUGUGAAUGACAAAAAGAAAAACUCAGAAAUUGAUGUUGGAGUGAAGAAAGGACGGGACAUUGAAAUGGAAGAAAAGAUGGAAGAACUCCAUGACCACAUUAGGGAUUUAGAAAAACAAAAUGUUCAUUUGAAAGAAAAGUUGAUGCUGACUAAACAACAGCUAGCAACUACGGGUAAAAGGACAACCCCCUAUAACCGUGUAGGCUCCAGGAUUGACACGGGCAUUGCUAAGACCAGUCAUCCAUCUGAUCCCAGAUUAACCAAAAACAUGCGAGUAGUAGGACCACAAGAUGGCUUACGGGAACAACACAUUUAUCAGACACAAAGCAUGCCUUCUCAACAGAGAAGUAAUCAAGGAUUGAUGGAGCACACCAGAGCAGAGCUCAGACAUAAGAAUGACCAAAUAGCUCAGCUCCAUGAACAGCUGAAUAUGUGUGAGAUGGAGAUAGAAAAUCUACGACAACAGAUAAAAGUUAAAGAGUCUGACUAUGAAGAAGACCUCCUGAAAAUAAAGCAACAAAUUACAGCAGAACAGAGAGCAACAGUGCAAGAAAACAUAGAUCUGAUAAAGUUACAAAGGGAGGUGAAAGAAAAAUCAACAAAGCUGUCAGCUGUUACAGAGAAAUAUGCCAUUCUGGAAGAGAAUCUUCACACAAUGAAACGUAGUCAUGACAACAUGUUAAUGGAAAUGGAAAACUUAAAUAUGCAGCUUAAGGAAGAACAGAACAGAGUCUUAACUUUACAGAAUGAAUUGAAAUUUGGCACAACCAACAAUAGGAAAAUCAUUGAGUUACAAGAGCAAGUAUCUUGUUUGGAGAAAGAGAACCAGAUUUUGAAGGAGGCCAAUGAGAAGUUUGUCAGCAGUGCUUUUGAUCUGGAACGUGAACGAGAAUGGAGACAGAGAGAGAACCAGUUAAAGGUACAAAUAGCACAACUAGAGGCCACACUAAAGGCAGAUCUUGGGGAAAAAGGAGGGAUCUUGGAUAAAUACGCAAUUGAAAAAGAGACCCAUGAGCAGCUACAGGCCCAGUUCAGGGAAAUGCAGUUAGAACAUUAUCAGCUGAAAGAGGAGUAUGAUGAUCUCAAAGAAAAGAUGAAGUUUUUCACCAAGGAGAGUGCUAUUGAUUUCACGGAGAUUGAGGAAGCCCUAGUUCUGGUCAAACAGAAGAAACAGCAGUCCGUGCCUGAUCCUGAUUUCCUACAGAAAGUGGACAAAGAAAUGUCCAAAGAUGAGCAUAAGAAACUUCUAGAAUUACAAGCUGAGUAUGCUGAAUGUAUCCAUGAACUGGAGAAGACACGUAACAUGUUGGUCAUACAACACAAGAUCAACAAAGACUAUCAGCAGGAGGUUGAUAUUUCCCAAUCCAAGAUUGAUGAAAUUAAGAAGGAGUAUGAAACAAAGCUGGAUGAGUAUGCUCGCUUGUUGGACAUCAGGGCAGCCAGAAUAAAGAAAUUAGAAGCCCAGCUGAGAGAUGUUGCUUAUGGAACAAAACAAUACAAAGUGCCCCCUCCUACUGAUACGAUUGAAGACACCAUCGACUUUGAUGAAACUAUUCAUCUUGAAAGAGGACAGAACUUAUUUGAAAUUCAUAUACAAAAGGUUAGCUUAUCACCUGAAGCCAUUAAACUCCUUGGAGAUGAGGAAGCUUUGAUCUUCUGUACCUGGGAAUUCUUUGAGUUUGAGAUUCAGUCCACUCCGGUGCUCAAAGGUCCUCGUCCAGAGUAUGACUUUACUUCUCAGUAUGUGGUCAAGGUCGACGACUUCUUCCUACAUUACCUUCAGCGGGAAAGUUGUACUUUAGAGCUUCACCAGUCUCUUGGACAAGAAUACAAGACUGUGGGGGCUUGUCAAUUGGUCUUUAAUGACAUAUUUGACAAACCCCAUGGAAGAAUUCAUGGGACUGCUAACCUUACAGGUUUGGAUGGUGAAGGGGCAGGAAUGGGCUUUGGUAUUGUAGAAUACUGGAUCCGAUUACGUGUCCCAAUGGAACAAGCACUGAGACUCUAUAAGGAGCGUACCAAAGCUCUAGGAUACGUUAUGUCCAAUCAGAAGGCAGCUACUGAGGCUCUGCAGGCCCUGGAUGAGAAUGCGGCAAUGAGACCCAAGGAUAACAUCAAUGAACUACAUAUCAAGAUUGUCCGCUGUAGUGGUCUCAAGUCAAGACAGCCUAAUAUACAGCCCUCUCCUUACUGUGUGUACCAGUUCUAUGACAACAGAGACCAUGAUACAACAAUCAUUAGAAAUUCUAAUAAUCCCGAGUUUAAUGACCAUAAAACAUAUCCUGUACCAAUGACAGCAGACUUAGACCAGUUCCUCAAAACUACGCCAUUGAAAGUCUUUGUGUUUGAUGACUUGGACCCUGAGCAGGCCUCUUACAUCGGCAUUGCAGAUGUCCCCCUGAUUCCCCUGGCCCACAAUAAAGCUGUGAAGGGAUUGUUUGAGCUGAAGGCUGCUAGUGGGCGUGUCUCAGGGACAAUAGAGAUGGAGUUGAGGUGGCAGUUUACUUAUGUACCUCCUAAAGGCAUGCCUAUCACUGAAGAGCCACCAACACAAGAUGUGAAACCUGAGGAACCAACUCCAUUAGAUGAAACUCUCCCACUUACUCCUGCACAUACCAAGACCAGAAUGGCUGCCAAGUUCCCAGGACCCUCUGCGACAUCCACUCCCAUGCCAAAGUCCAGACUAACAGAUGAUACCAUGGAAGGAUUUGUCAAGUCUAUGGACAUAGAUACCACACCCAAGGCUGCACCAAAGAAAAAGUUGGAAGUUCAAGAAGAAUCUUCAAUUCAGCCAUCAGAGUCUCUUGUCCAUGAGGCUGUAUCAGAAGUGGUGUCUGCAAACCUUCCCAGCAUGCUUUCCACCGAGUCCAUGCCACAAGUUCCCCAUGUUGAGAGUCCAGUUUCCUCUAAGAAAUCAUCUCCCAGAGCUCCGUCAGAUCAGGCUGAACAGCAAGAUAUACACCAGCCAGAAAUAGAGGAUGAAUCUGAUACCCUGAGUGAGGAAUCCAGUCCUCAACCUGUUGGGGAGGCACUUGCUUGCCCCUCUCCUCCCCCUGAAUCUGAUGAUAUGAAAGAGGAUACUUUAACUCCUAAGGCAGGAAGCAAGGCCUCAGACACCAUGUUUGGUGAUGAAGAAGAAGAGGAAAUAGAAGAGGAGAUACCUGAGGAAGUGGAGGAGCACGGGGAGACAUUACCCCAGCCCCAGCCCUCCACAGAAACAGAGGAGGAGGAGGGGUCAGAAAAACUACAGAUGGAGACAGACAGCGAGGGCAUUGUAGUGAUGAAUCCUAAACCCAAACGUCGCGGCAAGACAGUCAAUAAAGCUGCUAACAGUGUGACGGUCGCAAUAUCUCACCUGUCAUUGAAUGAAAAUGCGACUGUGCUGGACAAUGAUAAUGUUAAACAGCUGUUUGUAGCCUACAAUUUUCUGGGCAUUGAUCCGCAGGAACUUGAGACACCAUUCUCUCUACCUAAACCUAAAGCAAAUAUCCCUAUUGCCUACAACUUUACAAAAACUUUCCAGGUGGACAUGCAGAAGAAUUAUGAGAGGAGACAGUAUUUGGCGGGCAUGUUGUUACCAGAUGAUCCAGAACAGGGCAGGAUUCGUUUCACUGUGGUGAGUGAACCACCAGAUGACGAUAUGGAUGCCGAAUGUGAAGACAUUGGAGUGGCUUUUGUUGGUGUCAAAGAGAUCCUUAUGUCUAAAAAAGAUGUCGAGGAGCAAAAUGUUGAUCUCCAUGAUGUUAAAAAUGAGAAGGAGGUUAUAGGAACAUUGAAUGUGACAGUCAAAUGUCUGGCUGCUUUAGAGGCGGUAGAGAAAGAAAUGCAGAUUGAAGGGACUUACUGAGCAGGAAAACUGCAAACAAUGGAGAAAGAUUAAUUACUGUGAAUGAAUUUACAUUACUUUGGGGAAUUUUUAAAUCCACUGCAAAUAGUUGUUUUAAUAGCUGCAGAAAUACAAAAAACAAUAUUUUACAAUAGAAAAAAAUCCUCAAAUGUAGGAAAGUACAGAGGAGAGAAUUUGUUUAUGUUUAAUCAUCAAAUUCCUCUCAAAAGCACAUUUUUUGUGGCUAGUUAUAACAAGUGCUCGUACGUGUGCUUUGAUGGGAUUAUCAGUUCGUACAUUAACAUCAAGUUUAUGGGUCAUAUGAAAUUUUAAUUAUUGGUAACCUUUUUUUUUAAUGUGUAAUAUGUCAUGAAUUUUACAAUUAUUUUCCGUCCACUUUGAGUUGUAGUUCUGCGAUAAAUAUUUUUAAAAAAUUUAAAAUUACAUAUUCAUAGAUUACUUGAAGUUA